CGUUUCCCUCCAUUCUGGUGGGGUGCAACUUACAGGCCUUUAAGCCUCAAGAGACGAUAGCAAUAUCUCACAGUACAGUGAUCAGGGUGAGUAUCUGGCAUGGUAGCCAGUAAGUCUUGCAGCAAAUUUUGGAGCGUGAAGGAGUGGCCAAGGGUGAAGAUGACGUCACGCCGUCGACGUCGAACGAGACGCCACACUGCAGUGCAUAAUGGGACGGGCCGAAAGAUGGCGGAUUUUGACGAGUUGAGGAAUAUGGUUUCGAGUUUUCGUGUCUCAGAGCUUCAAGUGUUGUUGGGUUUUGCUGGUCGUAACAAAAGUGGUCGUAAACAUGAACUCCUUGUGAGAGCUCUACACCUUUUAAAGAGUGGCUGUAGUCCAGCUGUUCAGAUUAAGAUUAAGGAACUGUACAGACGCCGUUUUCCUAGAUCUAUUGAAAGCCUUGCUGACUUGUCAGCUAUAAAGUCUUCAGUGUUCUCUUUGGACAAUAACCUAUCAAGUGACUCUGAGUUAACCUCAAGCAUUGCGCAUUCUUCGGCAUCUGCAUCAGCCACACCUCAGUCCUCAUCUCCAUUGGUUAGCUCUGUGCUGCUACAUGAGACUAAGCCAAACAUAGAAAUGCAAGAGGCUUCUCCCUCCAUCCAUCCUGUCCAUCCAGAUGUCCAACUGAAAAGCAUACCGUUUUAUGAUGUACUGGACGUGCUUAUUAAACCCACAAGUCUGGUGCCGUCAAACAUUCAACGAUUCCAAGAAAAGUACUUCAUCUUCGCAUUGACUCCUCAGCAAGUAAAAGAAAUAUGCAUUUCUAGGGACUUUUUGCCAGGUGGAAGAAGAGAUUAUAUUGUGCAGGUUCAAUUGAGGUUUUGUCUCGCAGAGACUAGCUGUCCACAGGAAGACAAUUAUCCUAAUAAUUUAUGUAUAAAAGUGAAUGGAAAACUUUACCCACUACCGGGGUUUACGCCACCACUUAAAAAUGGUGUUGAGCAGAAGCGACCUGGUCGGCCUUUAAACAUCACGUCGCAAGUUAGACUGUCAUCAGCUGUACCCAAUCAAAUUUCAGUUUCUUGGGCACCAGAAAUGGGAAGAAAUUACUCAGUGUCUGUGUUCUUGGUGAAGCAACUGACAUCGGCUGUAUUACUGCAGAGGCUGCGGAACAAAGGCAUCAGGAAUUCUGACCAUUCCAGAGCACUUAUUAAAGAGAAGCUGACUGCAGAUCCUGAUAGUGAGGUUGCAACAACAAGCCUAAGAGUUUCGUUGAUGUGUCCAUUGGGGAAGAUGCGCCUGAUAGUCCCUUGCCGUGCAGUCACCUGUACACAUCUACAAUGCUUCGAUGCUGCCCUCUAUCUUCAAAUGAAUGAAAAGAAGCCCACGUGGAUUUGUCCAGUGUGUGAUAAAAAAGCAUCCUAUGAUAGUUUGAUAAUAGAUGGUCUGUUUAUGGAAAUCCUGAAUUCUUGUACAGAUGUAGAUGAGAUUAAAUUCCAAGAAGAUGGCUCCUGGUGUCCAAUGAGGCCCAAAAAGGAAUCUUUAAAACUAUCCAAUGCACAGUGUACAAAAGUUGAACUUUCAUCAACUCCAAAUGUAACCAACAAGACUGCUUCUGCAGUGCCGACUAGUGAAGCAAGUAACAACAAGAGGGCUGAAGUUAUAGAUCUCACCAUUGAAAGUUCCUCUUCUGACGAGGAAGCAGAACCUCCACUGAAGAAAAGGUGCUUAUAUCCAGCAGAUACAGAGGACACUAGCAACAAAGGGGUCCUUGCCUAUCAGCCACCUGCAGUUCGGUUGCCAAAUGCCACAACAGUUGAUACAAGUUUUCUGCCUCAGUUAGCAGACUAUCCAGCCACAUUCCAUCACUCAACAAUGGCCCUUCCACCUGAGAUUCAAAAUCUGGACUUUUUCUCAUUGUUUCAGAGCGAUCCACAGUACUGUCAAUCUAUAUUUCUGGACAAUCUCUCCACUGCUGUUGGAUCACCUACUGUGACACCCACCACUGUGGGUGGAAGCAUCAUCUCAUCAACCCAGCAUCAUGAGGGCAGCACCAGCAGCCGAGCAGAAACUGGGGUGAUAGCAGGAGGCGGUGGAGGCAACAGCAUACCAGACAUCAUCUCUUUAGAUUGAGUUUUGCAUAGACUUGAUUUUGUAUUCAAGAGCUGAAUGGGGUGGUUGCGGUCAAGAAUGAAACUGCAGCCGAGAACACACACUCAACAUUUUGUGCAUUCUCCACAAUGCUGCCACUUUUUUCAUUUGUUUUCAAAGUAUCAAGAACUUUGUUGACUGGCAGCAUUCAUAGGGUGCUAGUGCAGCGCUUUCUUGGAAUGGGACUGGCAACAUAAAUGGAUGACAGAAACUGAGACUGAAAUCCUUGGCUUGAAUGAGCUUGAAGUUUGAUGGAAGCAGAGGAAAAUGUUGUAAUGUUUCGUUGCGAUUAUUGUGGUGUAGUUCCAUUUACAGCCAUUGUUGAAAUUCACAGCAACUUUUUAUUCUUCUAUUGACUGAAUUUUCAAGGCACCCCACCCACCCCAAAAUAUAUGCAUUGUCUCUGUAACAGUUCAAAUAAUUGGUGCUUUAUUGUGAAGUAUACUAUACUCUCAGUUACUGUUGAAGAAUCUCUUUCUUUCACAGUUGUUGGGGUGUUAAGUACUGUAAUUCUGACUCAAAUGCAAUAACUGAGCCAGAUGUUAAAAUCUUUAGUAUAAGAUUGUAGUAACCAGUUCUGAGAUGUAAUUCUUUAUCAAUGAUUGAAUUACAUCUAAGCAUGUACAGUGUUUCUAGGAUGGAGAAAAUACUCUUCUUUUUAUGAUUUGCAUUCCUUUUGUAAUUUUAAUGCAAUUUUCUCUACUCUUUUUCAAAAAGGAAGUAAUUAGGAAUACAGAUGGGAAAAGCAGGGAAUAAGUCUGCAAGCAAACUAUACUUCUGACAAACAGUGCAUGGUGUUGAUUAAAAUUAGGAACAAUCUAAUUUCAGUACCCAUUGAUCUGGCUGAUUUGAGACAACAUCAGUGCUGUGUAAUGUCUCAGUGAUUCAGGAUAAGAGAAAAUCCAGUGACUUCUGUUUAGAAGUGGAAAGAAAAAAGAACUGUAGGCAAGAUUUAAUAUGCACUGUCCAAUUUAAUAUCUACCUGGCAGUCACUAUCUGGUCUCCUACAUAAACAGUGGCAAUGCAGCUGAGGUAAAUGGACCACCAACUCUGGACAGCAUCCCAUUCCUCUACUGUUUUAUAGUUCAAGAUAGGAGAAAAUUGGGAGUAAUAAAAAUGUAAUCAUUAAAUCAUAUACACUUUGAUUACUUUCUCUUGCCCUCUGCCGCAGCCCUCCAUUUGAGUCUGAAACAUUGAUGAAUAUGGUACAAAAUGGAAGUCUGUUAUUUUAGUUUUAUGGGAACCAGAUAGGAGCAGACAUCUGAAGUUAUACAAUAUUUGGAGAAAUCCUAAUAGAGUUGUUUACAGCUGUACCCUAGAGUUUCUGAUUUGGAUACCAACUCCAUUUCAGAAAAAGUAAUAAUUCUAACCUGGAAGGGACUAGUACUUGAGUGCCAGGACAUGCUGAAAUAGUUGGUGGUCUUUAGUUUCUAGCUCACCUGAUGAACUAACGUGGAUAAAUGUGCCCAGUACUGUGGUAAGCGAUGUAGUCCAGAAGGUUCAAUGUACAGUUUCUAGUCUAUCCUGAGCUUGUUGAUCACAGCCAGACUAUUUAUUGUGGUAUUUUGCUUGGUCUCAUCCCUAAGCUAAAUGGGGGUUCUCAUUCAAUGGCCAUUAAAUGAAUCCUCCAAAAUUUGCCCAGGUUAAUGAGCCUUGGAUAACAGCACAGUGUUUGCUCUGCAGUUUUCUGUGAUAGAAGAUGGUGCCUGUUGAACUGCACCCCAGUAAUAGUGCCUUCAGGAGAGAAUGAUGGAGGAGUUAGCAAAAAAAAGGUUUUCGUUGAUUUGGUUGAAUGUUCUAAAUUUAUUUUUGCAAGUGUGCAAUUCUUUUUUAAAAAAUCAUCUUGGCUGCAUUGACUGUGUCAAAAUAGGUCAAACCUAUUCUUCAUCUAGCUUCUUAAAGUAGGGCAAAGCAUUUAUCUAAAGAUGUUUUCUGGAUUUUCUAAAGGAAGCUGUCAGAUUUCUUUUAAAAGAAAGUUAAUAUUUUGAAGCAAUUGAUGUUGUCUCUUUUGUUCUGCUGUGGGGUUUUCAAUAAAGUUCUUGUGCCACUAUAUUCUUCUAUGCUAAAGAAGUCUUGGAACAUUAUAAAUUUGGGACCUAAAAACUAAAAUGUCUUCUCUAAAGCCCAAGAUCUUUGUGAUGAUGCUUUUUUCUUGGGGUUGGAAUGUAUGUGUGUGGUGCUCCAGUUUUCUAAAAAAAAUUGUUACUGGGACGUGGACAUCACUUGCUGGAGCAACAUCUAUUGCCUAUCACUAAUUGCUCUCAACAAAGCGAGCUGAACAUUGAGUUGUACCUUUGUUUCCCCGGGACUUGCAUUAUAAAACUUAGUUUUAACCUAUAUUUGCUUUAGCACUCAAGUUUUUUUUUCCAAAAUUGAUGCAAGAAAUGUCAGUACCUUGUGAACUUUGCAAUGUAAAUCUGCCACUGACAGACCUGUAGUGAUUGAAGUAAAUGUUGGAGCCAUAAAUGAUUGGAUUGUGAAUGCUGUGAUGCCACAG